CUUCCGGACGUCGACGUCCGGUCCACUCGGGGAAGAGGAGGACGCAGGGCACAGAGCAGUGACCAUGACGAAAUUAGCGCAGUGGCUUUGGGGACUGGCGCUCCUGGGCUCCACCUGGGCGGCGCUGACCAUGGGAGCACUGGGUCUGGAGCUGCCCUCGUCCUGCCGGGAGGUCCUGUGGCCACUGCCCGCCUAUUUGCUGGUGUCCGCCGGCUGCUAUGCUCUGGGCACUGUGGGCUAUCGCGUGGCCACUUUUCACGACUGCGAGGACGCCGCCCGCGAGCUGCAGAGCCAGAUCCAGGAGGCUAGAGCCGACUUAGCCCUCAGGGGACUGCGCUUCUGACUCCCUAACCCCAUUCCCGCCCGGGCAGCCCUCCCUUCCCUUCCUCAUUAAAGAGCAAGUUUAUUUUCUAA